ACGCAAACUUUUUAUAUUUUAUAUUUUUUUUUAUAAUUAUUUUCGGAAGUCGAGACUACAGAAUUCUUGGAUCCAUAUCUCCGAAACAUCCAUCGCCAUGGCCACCUUCAUUCGCCUCCACCGCUUCCGCGCCGCCGCCGCAGUCGCCGUCGCAUCCGGCGGCAUUUACGCUUGCCUCCGAGACCCCUCCGUCUCCGCCGCCGACCGCGGCGGACCUGCUCUGGAGGCAGUCCAGAGGAAGAUCGCCGACCCCUACGCCGUCCUUCCUCCGAGGACCGUACAGGAGUCUGCUCUGAUCGGCUCCAGCCCCGCCAAUCCCCUCGACAUUCUCGUCGUCGGCGGCGGCGCCACCGGAUGCGGCGCUGCUCUCGACGCCGCCACCAGAGGCCUCCGUGUCGGCCUCGUGGAGAGAGAGGACUUCUCGUCUGGUACUUCGUCUCGAUCGACAAAGCUAAUUCAUGGAGGAGUUCGGUACUUGGAGAAAGCAGUUUUUAAUUUAGACUAUGGACAAUUGAAGCUGGUAUUCCAUGCUCUCGAGGAGCGUAAACAGGUUAUUGAGAAUGCUCCACACUUAUGCAAUGCUUUGCCAUGCAUGACACCGUGUUUUAACUGGUUUGAGGCAGUGUACUUCUGGAUGGGCUUGAAACUGUAUGAUCUGGUCGCAGGACCACGCCUCCUGCACCUGUCCAGAUAUUAUUCUGCGCAAGAGUCUGUUGAACUGUUCCCCACUCUUGCAAGGAAGGGAAAAGAUAGAACCUUGAAGGGCACAGUGGUUUAUUAUGAUGGACAAAUGAAUGACUCGAGAGUUAAUGUUGGGUUAGCAUGCACUGCUGCAUUAGCAGGUGCAGCUGUGCUUAACCAUGCUGAAGUCAUAUCCUUUCUAAAAGAUGAAGGUAGCGACCGGAUAAUCGGUGCUCAUAUUCGAGACAAUCUGACAGGUAAAGAGUUUGAUACAUAUGCAAAAGUUGUUGUGAAUGCGGCUGGGCCAUUCUGUGAUUCUGUGAGGAAAAUGGCUGACAAUGAUGCAAAACCUAUGAUCUGUCCAAGCAGUGGUGUACAUAUUGUGCUACCUGAUUACUAUUCUCCCGAGGGAAUGGGUUUAAUCGUUCCCAAAACAAAAGAUGGACGUGUUGUCUUCAUGCUGCCGUGGUUGGGAAGAACGGUCGCUGGCACUACGGAUUCCAGCACCACCAUUACAAUGCUUCCAGAACCAAAUGAGGAUGAGAUUGAAUUUAUACUGGAUGCCAUCUGUGAUUACCUUAAUGUUAAGGUACGGCGUGUAGAUGUUCUUUCUGCUUGGAGUGGUAUUCGCCCAUUGGCAACAGAUCCUAGAGCAAAGAACACUGAGAGCAUUUCCAGGGAUCAUGUUGUAUGCGAAGAUUACCCUGGUUUAGUCACGAUUACUGGUGGAAAGUGGACUACAUAUAGAAGCAUGGCAGAAGAUGCAGUUGAUACAGCUAUCAAGUCUGGUAAGUUGAGUCCUACCAACAAAUGUUUGACAUACAACCUACAUCUUAUUGGUGGAGAUGGAUAUGACCCUGCAUCUUUCACGGUGCUUGCCCAACAAUAUGUCCGCAUGAAGAAGUCGUACAGUGGUAAAGUUGUGCCAGGAGUCAUGGACACUGCCACAGCAAAGCAUUUGUCCCAUGCAUAUGGUACUUUGGCUGAACGGGUGGCUGCCAUAGCUCAGAAUGAACAUUUGGGAAAGCGACUUGCCCAUGGAUACCCCUUUCUAGAAGCUGAGGUGGCAUAUUGUGCUCGGCAUGAGUACUGUGAAUCUACAAUAGAUUUCAUCGCUAGGAGAUCUCGGCUUGCUUUUCUUGACACUGAUGCAGCAGGCCGGGCAUUACCCCGCAUAAUUCAAAUACUGGCUGCUGAACACAAUUGGGACAAGUCAAGGCAGAAGCAAGAAGUACAGAAGGCUACAGAAUUUUUGAAAACUUUCAAGUCAUCAAAAAAUGCUCAGUUCUAUGACGGGAAACACAAUUAGUCAUGCACACGUUGCGUUGAAUGUUUGAGGAGCUGGAUCAUUUCACCUUAGAGUUUCGGGGAAUUUCCCCAGCUUGCCCUUUUGAUAAGAAAAUUCUUCUUCUUCUUUUUUUAAAUAGCCAGCUAGGUGAUUAUUGACUCCUUAUGGUUAUUGCAUACACAUCUUUGGAAUGAUGUUUGAUUCUCUUAAACUUAAUAAAUAGCAAUCAGUUAUAACAAUAAUAAUUUUAUUUUUUAACAAUUGAUGGCUGCUGAAUGCUUCAGAGCUCUGGUGCAAGGAGCUUUAGAUUGCUGAGAAUUUUACAUAGAUGCACACUUGAAAAAACAGUGUGCUUGCUGGUUUAUAUUUCAUAUGGUUGAAUAGUUGAUCAUCUUUUGUAAAUUUAUGGAACAGGUUUUUUGUGGUUUAUAUUUCCUUUUUUUCGUAACA